CAAUCAUGCGGGUCCGUGUUGGAGUGGAGAUGUUGGCGGUGUUGGUGGUGGUGUUGCUGGCUCCUGGUCUGACUGGGGGGCUGGUCCUGAACAAAUGUACUCUGCAGCAACAACUGAACCUGACCCUGAAUGUAAAUGUGCUGGACCGCAUCAGCGAGGUGGCCACGAUUGUGUGCCACGCAGAGUUGACUUCUGGCCUCAACACCAGCGCAGUCAACCAAAUCCCUGCUCCACACCAUGAUGAAUCUCAAGAACAGCACUCCAGAGGCAACAAAACCAACCAGUCUCGUCCUGGUCCACCUUUGCCACCCUCUGUGUCUAAAUCUUCUCCAAGUGCUGGUGGUGCUGGUGGCCGUCCUGGUGAUGGCAGUCAUCCUGGUCCUGGUGGCCGCAAGCCCAGGCAUGCACAUGGACACUUAAAGCCAUCUUUGGCACCUCCUAUGUCUAACUCUUCUGCUGGCGCUAAUAGUUCUGGUAAUGGUGGUUCUCCUGGUAGUGGUGGUCGUCCUGGUGAGGGAGGUCGCCCUGGUACUGGUGGCCGUCCAGAUGAUGGUGGUCAUCCUGGUGCUGGUGGUCAUCCUGAUGAUGGUGGUCGUCCUGGUGCUGGAGGUCGCCCUAGUGAUGGUGGUCGCAAGCCCAGGCAUGCACAAGGACACUACAAGCCAUCUUUGGCACCCCCUGUGUCUAACUCUUCUUCUGGUGCUCGUCCUGGCAACCACAUUGACCAGCCUCGUCCAUCUGGGGCCCCUUCUGUGUCCAACUCCACUCCUCGUGUUGGUGGUCGACCUGGUGAGGGAGGUCGCCCUGGUGCUGGUGGCCGUCCAGAUGAUGAUGGUCAUCCUGGUGCUGGUGGUCAUCCUGGUGAUGGUGGUCGUCCUGGUGCUGGAGGUCGCCCUAGUGAUGGUGGUCGCAAGCCCAGGCAUGCACAAGGACACUACAAGCCAUCUUUGGCACCCCCUGUGUCUAACUCUUCUUCUGGUGCUCGUCCUGGCAACCACAUUGACCAGCCUCGUCCAUCUGGGGCCCCUUCUGUGUCCAACGGUCAUCCUGAUGAUGGUCAUCGUCCUGGUACUGGUGGUCAUCCUAGUGAUGGUGGUCGUCCUGGUGCUGGUGGUCGCAAGCCAAGGUCCCUCAAGGGAAGAGAAAGACCAGACAAGCCCAGAGGUGAAACAAGCCACGAGGAGCACGAGCAGCACAGUGAUGGGGUGUGGACGCUCUACGGGUUGUUCCAGCUGGCAGACCGAGUAGCUUGCGUGUCAGGCAGCAAACCUUCACUCAAUCUUUGCGGACUGAGCUGUGAUAGGCUGAUUGAUGACGACAUCACUGAUGACAUUGCCUGUGUCGGGACCAUCAUUAACAAUGUGAUGGCAAAUGGCAAUGUUACUACAGAGGCUAAUAAGCUCAUCAGGAAGAUGUAUGGCCUGAUCCACCAGAGUGAAUGCGCCAACGUCCAGUCCCCCUCUGGUUGUUAGUCAUGAUCACAACAUGGCAGAUUCAUCCUGAUCAUCGUAAUCAAAUCAUGACAGAUUCAUUCUGAAAAUCAGUUUCCUUCUGAAAUUCUAUUCCUUAGAACUCCAACUUCCAACUUCUUAUAACAUCAAACACCUGUUGCAAUGCAAAUUAAACUGGUUGAUGUCUCGUUUACAUAAGGCCAGCCAGGUCUGGCUGACUGAAACAGUCUAGUAGGUCCGUGACAAGUCAAUGUUUUUACUGCGUCUCUGAUGUUGCACAAGAAAGUUUAAAAUAAGUGUUAGUCAAGAAGAUGGUUUUAUUUUCUAUUCCUAAACUGUAAUGCUGAUUUUAUUUUUCCACUUUAAAAUAAAUAUAUACACUGUU